CUUGACCAUUACUUACUGAAAAAGUCACUAUGAAGAUCGCAUUUGCCCUCUUGGUAAUUUUACCUUUGGUAUUUUCGAUGCCAGAAAAGAGAUUACUUCUUGAUACUUUGUUAAAAGGAGAUGAACUGAAAACUUUAGUUGAUGGAAUAGUUGGAACACUGGGUUCAGAUGCCAGUGAACAGGCAUGCGAAACAGAAUGCCACACACUCAUCCAGCAAGAUCAUCUUCUUCAAUUUGGAUGUCCACUGAUAUGCAAAAGAACGUGUCACUGCUUUGACCAAAAGUGUACUUCACAAUUACUUACUGAAAAAGUCACUAUGAAGAUAGCAUUUGCCCUCUUAGUAAUUUUACCUAUGGUAUUUUCUAUGCCAGAAAGGAGAUUACUUCUUGAUAGUUUAUUGCAAGGAGCUGAACUCAAAACUUUAGUUGAUGGAAUAGUUGGGCAAUUGGGUUCAGAUGCCAGUGAACAAGCAUGCGAAAGUGAAUGCCACACACUCAUCCAACAAGAUCAUCUUCUUCAGUUUGGAUGUCCACUUAUAUGCAAAAGUCUCCAAAGCUUUGCUCAUCGAUUUGGACACCCCACAGCUGCACCCACAGCUGCACCAUAAAAAUUCUCAACUUGUUGCAAUAAAUUGAUAUUAUGUGUUA